AUGCAUCAGCAGCAAAGUGCUAUUAUCAAAGAUAUUUGUUUAUCACUUUUUAAAGUAUUUCUGAAAGUUCCUGAAAUAAAAGCAAACAUAGAGGAUAAUAUCGCAGAUAUCUAUGAUGACUUAAAAGAUGAUGUAAUAUUAAAGAAUUAUAAUGAUACUGUCAAAGAAGAGAUUUUAGAUGAACCUGAUUCUGAAUCUGAAGAUGCCAGAUUAUUCAAAUAA